AAGUGCAGGCCUUCUCAUUUCCUGCACAGCCCGAGGGAGUGAGGUAGUGCUGUGCAGUUCCUUGGCCUGUGACCCUCUCCCUCUUUCUGUGUCUGCCUGCCUGCCUGUUGCUGCGGCAGCUCCGUGCCAAGAUGUUUGAGGCUCGCCUGGUGCAGGGCAGCAUCCUGAAGAAGGUGCUGGAAGCCCUCAAGGACCUCAUCACCGAGGCUUGUUGGGACAUCAGCUCCACCGGCAUCAGCCUGCAGUCCAUGGACAGCUCGCAUGUGUCCCUGGUGCAGCUUACCCUGCGCAGCGACGGCUUCGACACCUACCGAUGUGACCGCAACUUGGCCAUGGGAGUCAACCUGAGCAGCAUGUCCAAGAUUCUGAAAUGUGCAGGCAACGACGAUAUCAUCACCCUGAGGGCUGAGGACAAUGCUGACACUCUGGCUCUGGUGUUCGAGUCACAGAACCAGGAGAAAGUCUCCGAUUAUGAGAUGAAGCUUAUGGAUUUGGACGUUGAACAGCUGGGAAUCCCGGAGCAGGAGUAUAGCUGCGUGGUGAAGAUGCCAUCUGGAGAGUUUGCCAGAAUCUGCCGGGAUUUGAGCCAGAUCGGUGACGCGGUGGUGAUCUCGUGCGCCAAAGACGGGGUGAAGUUCUCAGCCAGCGGGGAGCUGGGCACUGGGAACGUCAAGCUCUCGCAGACCAGCAAUGUGGACAAGGAGGACGAUGCAGUGACCAUCGAGAUGAAUGAACCCGUGCAGUUGACGUUCGCUCUGCAGUACCUGAAUUUCUUCACCAAGGCCACUCCGCUGUCGCCAACUGUGACACUCAGCAUGUCUGCGGAUAUUCCCCUCGUGGUGGAGUAUAAGAUUGCUGAUAUGGGUCACAUCAAAUACUACCUGGCCCCCAAGAUUGAAGACGAGGACACUUCUUAAGCCUGGAGGGUGUGUUGUGCAGACUGAUUCGGGGACCCCAGGACUGACAACACACACGCUGACUGCUGAUCGAUCGCUCAGAAACUGCAGGGCCAGGUCGCAGCCUGAGCUAACACCACUGUUACAACAUUACCCUGUUACAGGCUCUGCUCUCCCUGUCCAUCGUCGAGUUGUUUUGUAGAUAUUUUAUGUAAAUAUGUUGUGCAACGUGAAAUGGCUUUGUUUUUGUAAGGUAGUGGGGAAAGGCAGCGAAUAAACCAUGAUUCUGUGAUACUGGGGGUCUGUGCCUCAAGCUGGUGAGGACAGAGCAGCGCAAGUUCAGAAUUCACACUGUUUCGGGGUCGGGGGGGAGCGGUUUUUUUUAUGCACCGAAUGCUUUCAAGCUAACAUAUUCCAGGUUUCACCUGAAGUGUAUAGUCCUGAGAUGAUGGCGAGGCGUUGGCCAACUGGGAUAAUCACUGGGCUGUUAAUCCAGGGACCCAGACCACGUUCUGGGGUCAUGAGUUCGAAGCAGACCUGGGACCUGUAGAGUUCAAUAAAAAUGGAAUGAAGAGGCCACUGAUGACCACAAA